AAGCUGGUAAGUGACGGUGGAGGAAAGGUUAAGUAAGAGAUCGAUCACAUAUCAAUAAAACUCAAAGGCUAUCUCACGAAAUACCUACAUAUGUAUAAAGGGUAUCGCCCCGAAUGUGUAUAUACAUACAUAUAUGUACCUAGAUUCCUUCUCCCCUGUGUUCACCAAAUUACCUACCCCCCACCUUGUUCAAGCCUUGACCGAAGCGAUCCGGGGUCAUUAUUUUUGCUUAUCCCAGCCGACAUCUUGAUUUCACCGAACAAUACGAUAAACAGAAACGAUGGUUGAAAAGGCAGCUGUUCUAACCGAGAAGGCUCCUAAGCCCUUGGCUGGAAUUUACAGCCAAGCUAUCAAAGCCAAUGGUUUUGUGUUCGUCUCCGGCGCUGUCCCCAUGGACGCUGAGACCAUGAAAAUAGUUGAUGGGGACAUCCAAGCGCACACUCAUCAAUGCAUCAAGAACCUUUCUGCUAUCCUUGAAGCUUCUGGAUCCGACCUAAACAAAGUGGUCAAGGUCAAUGUCUUCCUUUCCAACAUGGAUGAUUUCGCAGCUAUGAACGAGAUCUACAGUCAAUACUGGGGUGAUGUAAAGCCAUGCAGGACCUGUGUCGCGGUAAAGACAUUGCCGUUAAAUGUUGAUGUUGAGAUUGAGUGCACUGCGACUUAUUGAAUGAAACCCGCCUUCUACGGUAGAGGGGUAGCCGAGCGAAGGGGUGGAAAAACACCACUUACAGCAUUGGAUCGGUGAAAAAAAUCAAGAUGAAAAUGCGCAAUUGUCGCUUUAGCUCUAUCAUGUAGCUAUAUUCAUCGUCUAAAAAAAUACACAAUUUUGAUCUUA